GGCACAGGUGGGGGCACUGCUGGGAAUGGGUAGGCGGGGCUAGUGGGCGCACAGCUGAUCGGAACUUGCGGGGGUCACUGCUGGGCACCGAUCAUCAGGGCACUGAUCAUCAGUGCCCUGAUGAUCGGUGCCGAUCCCCGCUCUGACAACUGCCGGUUCUCGGCAGUACUUUCCUCACGAUCUGACAGCUGCCGGUUCUCGGCUGCACUUUCCUCACACUGUCAGAUCGUGAGGAAAGUACUGCCGAGAACCGGCAGUUGUCAGAGCGAGGAUCGG